AUGUCCACGGCGGCGAUAGACAGCUUCGACUUGGUUAAGACAACGGAAGCCUUGCGUGCAAUCAGGGAGCUUGAUGUCAAUCUAUCAGGCCUCAAGGCCUUGCAUGAUGCCAUCAGCCGACCCGGACCCCAGGGCUGGCAGCACCUGCUGUCCUACAUGCGCAUAUCCCCCGCAUGUACGGAGCUUUGCAACAUAUGGGAGGCGCAAGCCACCAUCAAAGACCCACGGGUCUUUCCGCAGCUGCUGCUCCUAAUCGCGGACAUCCUAGCCGCGAAGCCACCCGCAGAGCUCACAGCGACCGAAGCCCCAACGCAGGAUAGCCAUGGCCACACCCGUAGGCGCGACCGUGGCUACCGCAGUGGUGAUGAAGCCGCCGCCGUCGCCGCCGCCGCCGCUGCACCGCCGGCGGCCGCGAUGUCCUUCGUCAGUUCCGCCCAGCAGCAGCUCAUCUCCUUGGCUCUAGGCCGCCGCCUGAAGUCCCUUUACCAUGCACUUGGCUCGGACCAUCAGCCGACUGCCAAUGCGGCGCUGCAGCUGCUGACUGCGAUAGCGGCGCAUAGCGUGGUGGCGGCUCGGGACCUGGUGACCGCCUUCGACUGGUCGCUGUCGGCGCUGACGCGGAUCAGCCGCCCCUCCAAGGAGCGGCCGGAGCGUGGAGCUGCCGGAUCCCAGCAGCAGCAGCAGCAGCAGCAGUCCAACCGCCGCCGCGACGGCGGAGCUACUGCCUCCGCCUGGGAUCGCUCCAACGUGCUGUUCCGGCCCCGCCGGGCGAUGUUCGUACGCUUCUGUCGUGCCCUCCUGGACAGCGCGGACCACGCCACUCUGGCCCGGCUGCUGCCCCUCCGCGCCCUGACGGGCGGGCUACUGCACCACAUGGCGGCGGAUCCGCCGGGGCACGUGCUACAGACAUUGCUUAUAUUAGGCCGCCGCGUGCUGGCGCCAGCGGUGCCUGGUGGCGCCGCCGCAGCAGCGGCGGCGGCGGCGGCUCUGCCGCCGCGUCUGCGUGCGGAGCCCUUCGGUGACGUGGCACUGGCACAGUUGGCAGAGAUCGCAGCUUCGAGCGACGAGCCGGCGGAGGGGGCGGAGGGGAGGGGGAAUGCAGCGGCCGCUGCAGCGGAGGCGGCACUGGAGGUUCUCGUGAUGCUGUGUACGAAUCCCGCAAACGGUCUCAUGACGUACGGGUCGCCGGACAGUGGCGCCGCCGCUGGCGCGCCGCAGCACGGCCCCGGCGUCAAGAGAUUGUUGCGGCUGCUGCCGCGUCUUCGUCCGCUGGACCACGUACGACAUGUACGGCUUUUGAAUGAGGUGGCUACGCGCUGCCCGUGGCUAGCGGCGGAAUUUGCCAGCUCGCUGCCGUACGAUCUUCAGCCCAAGCUGAGUAGCCGCUGGGUAGCAGCCAUGACCCUGGCGGCACGCCUCACCGCCGCCGCCGCCGUCGCGCCGUCGCCGCUGCUGGACCGCCUGACGACGGCGGCGGCGCCGCCGCCGUCAGCCGACUCGCCGAUUGUCCGCGCGCACAUGCGCUGCUGCAUGCCGCCAGCGCUGUCCAAGGCGGUCCUGUCCCGCGGCUUGCAGCACGACCGACCCGUGGUUCAGGCGCUGACGCUGGAUGCCGUGGCGGCGAUGAUGCGCAGCGUGGAGCCGCUGCUGGCGUUGGUAGCGGCGUCGGCCGCUGCUGCCGCCGCCGCUGGCGCCAGCGGCGGCGGCACGGCUGCAUGGCCUAGCUUCCAUCGCCGUCUCUGUAGCACCGUGCGCGCCCGGCUGCCUGACUUAGGCAUCCUGCAGGCUCUGCACACCGCCUUAGAGAAGCGGGACAGUGCGCCGACAGCGACGGCGGCGGCGGCGGCGGUAGAAACCUUAGGGGCGGCUUUAGGGCGCUCCAAGUCGGAGAAAGCCGCAGCUGGAAAAGACGGCGGCGGCGGCCGCGUCGGCAGCGGAGGCGCGGCGAAAGACGGAGGGGAUGUGCGGAUGAAGGACGUGGCUGCGAGUACGGCAGUUGAAAUGGACGAGCAAGAGGGGUCUGAUGCUGGUCGUGGUGGUGGUGAGGAAGAGGAAGAGGCGGGGGCGGCGGAGGAGGAGGAGGGAGGAUCGCCCGGGGCUGUGGUUAAGGGCGGCAGCGGCAGCGGCAGCGGCGCAAAGGGAGGAGGCCUGCUGGCGGCGGCGGUGUUCGGUGCUGCCGUGGCAAGGGAUCCAUCGCGCGUUCGUCUGGCGGUGCUGGUACGACUGCUGGACGUGAUUGCGAGCUACUGCCGGCUACUUCCCGACGCGGCGGCGGAUGCGCACUUCGACGCCGUCAAGCUGCUGCCGCCGGGUGACGUACUGGCAUUGGACGAGCAACAUCAGGCGGCGCUAAUGGGCGUAUUGGCGGCGGCGGUGGCGGAGCCGGCGGCGGCGGCGGGGUUUGGGCCGUCAGCGGCGCCGCUCAGCACCGCUCUGGUGCUGCCGCUGCUGCGGCUGCUGACGGGGGCGGCUUCGCCUGCUGUACGGCAAUCCGCCGGGGAGUUGCUGGUCUGCCGCCUCAAACCGCUGCUUCUAGGCGGCAUGGCGCCCACAGCGGCGGAAGGUCCCGGAGCAUCGGCAGCAGUAGCAGCAGCCCUUGCCGGUGGCGGCGCUGACGUGCCGUACAACUGGGGAUGGGACGAGCUGGAGCUGCGGAUCUGGUUGUGGAUGCUGCCGUCGCAACCGGUGCCUCGUACGGCAACGGCGGCAGCGGCAGCGGCACCCGAGGUUUCCCCCCUUGUUGGUGGCGGUGCUGAUGCCGUACUGAGCUUCCUGGCCAACCUGGCGGUAGCGGCGAGCAGGCGGCCGCAGUGUCCAAGCCGGGGUCCUGUGAGUCCGCUGGCCGCUCUGUCACUGCGGAACUGCUUGCGACUGCUGCGGUCGCGGCGGAGUGGGGCCCGCGGGGAGCAGGAGCGCGCGGCGGUAUGCGGCUAUGUGGCCGGUGUACUGCACCUGCUGACGCAGCAGCUGGAUGACCCGUGGGUCAUGCUGCACUUGUUAGAGCGGGCGUUGCUGGCGGAUAAAGCCACCGCCGCCGCAGCCGCGGCGCCGCCGCCGGAACACGAACCACCGCCGCCGCCACCGCCGUCGUCGUCCGUACCCGCGGGCCAGGCCAUCAGCUUACCUCCCGAAGGGCAGCCGCUACGGUCUUUGUACGACUGGUUGCGUAAGAGCUGCCGUUCUCGCGCCGCGCUUGUCGCGACGGUGCCGGAUGUCGUUGGUGCACCAUGCGUCGCCUCUGGGGGCCUCGACAGCUCGGCCCCGGGAAACCUACGGGUCGAGGUCGUGGGGGACGGCAGCGGCGAUGGCGGCGGCGGCGAUAGCACGCAGCCCGACGGCGACGCAGAAAGUACGGCAACGACGAAGAGCCUUUCUAAGAAGCUGCGUGAAUGUGUGAAGGCCGCUGCAAAGGUACUCAAGAAGGACCGUGACGGCGGCGGCGGUCAUGACAGUAGCAGUAGCAGCAGCUGUAGCCAGGGGCUGCCGGCGGCGGCCUGUGCGCACCUGGCGGAGGCGGCGUCCCUCGCAUCGUUGUUGCUUUCCCGUCACUGCACUGAACCAGCGGAGGCAGCGGCACAUGCUGUACGGCUACUGCAGCUCGCGGUACGGAAAACGCCGCCGUCGUUAGCGGCCACCGGCGCCCCCGCCGCUGCUGACGACGACCCUGGGAGUGUCGGAAACGGCAAAAGUGACUUGCCGGCGGCGGCAACGGCAGCGGUGGCGGCGCCGCCGCCGUCGGUCCCCGGUCCACGUGAACUGCUCCUCGCGGCUCUGUGGAUUUUCGCCCUGUUAAAGCCGCUGGCGUCACGCUGCAUCUUGGUGCCCGCUGAGAUGCUGUGUGUUGUGGCGGCGGAGGGGGAUGGAGGAGCUGGAGAGGAGGGUGGUGCGAAGGCGGGGGAAAGCGGCGGCGGUCUGGGUGAAGCGGAAGAAGACGUGGAGGGCGAUGGUGGCGGCGGCCAGGGCUGGGAGCUGGGGCCGUCUGCGGCAGCGCUGGAGGUGGUCACUGGCGGCAGCGGCGGCGGCGGCAGUAGCGGCAGCGAUACUUGGCGGUGGACGGCGGCGGCGGCGGCUUGGGAUGGGCAGCUUCCGGCGUUGGUCCUGAUGCAGGGGGAUUUCCUGUGGCGGCGGAGGGGGGGAGGGGGUCGUUUGGGUUCCGCAGUCGACGUCGACGGCGGAGGCGGAGGCGUCGAGCGUUUUGGCGCCACCGCGGCGAGUUUUCCGUCAUGGGCGCUGAUCGCGGCCGCCGGCAGCGUUCCUUUUUGGCUCCGCUCCCUGGCGUCAUCUCCAGGCGGUGCCGCCGCGGCCUUCCAGCUUGUACGGCAACUCCUGCCGGCGGCGCAGCCAGCAGCGGGCCCCUCGGCGGAAUUAUCUAGUGCGGCAGUACGGCAUGUAGGAUCAUCGCUCAAGGUGGUGGCGUGCGGCACGCUGCUCCGCGUGCUGCGCAGCUCUGCCGCUCCUGUGGCGGUCCUACUGGCGGCACCCCUGGCGACGGCGGCGGCGCCACCGCAGCGUCAUGGUCGCCGCGUUCAAAACGUCGACAGUUGCAUCGGCGCCGUUGCGUCGGCGGCUUGUCGGCACGCGCUGAGGCUGUUGGGGGACCUAUGGAUCCAGUUGACGACGGCGGCGGCUGUGGCGGCGGCGGCAACCACUACAACCGCCGGGGCGGUGAUGGCGACCGCGACGAUAGCGGCGGGAGCUUGGCCUGGCGCGGAGACUGCAGGGAAUCCCACGACUUUUAAUGCCGCUGCCGUUAUCGUUGCCGUACGUGCCGCGUGUGCCCGCCAUAUUCGCGCCGCCGUUGCCUGCCUGCGGACCUUGCUAACGCGCGACGAAGCCAGGCGAUGCAGCGGCGGCAGCGAUGAUGUUGACGCCGCCGUCGAGGUAUUGCUGCCGCUGGCGCGCCACGGCGCCGCCGGGCAGUUGCUGCCGCUCGUCCAGGAGCUGCUGGCGGCGGCGGCGGCGGCCGCCGCCAAUACCGCAAGUGCUGCCGCUGUUGCUACAGCCGCUCCUGAGGUUGCACCGAAGGCCAAGCGGAAAGCCAAGGCGGCCGCAAACGGCGUGUUGGAGCCAGCGGCGGUAGCUCGGCAGCAACGGCUGUUGGAAGCUGGGCUGGCGUUGGCGGCCUCCGUGCUGGCAGACCCGCGUGCGCUGCUGGGGGGUUUCGGAGCAAGGGCCAGCGGCGGGGACGUCAUCAGCAGUAGCAGUGGCGGCAACCGGGGCGAAGGCGGGGAGAGGGAGGAGGCUAACGACGACGGCGAUGCGAGCAGCAGCGGCGGCAACGGGGUCCGAUUGCGGCAGGUCUUUGCUGCCGUACAGGCGGAGUUGGUGUCGCUUGUUUGUGGUACCGGCGUCAGCGGCGUCGGUGACGGCGGCGGCGGCGGCGCAGCCGAGCGGGCAGCAGAGUUAGCGUCGACGGCACUGUGCUGCGGUCUCCAAGGACCCGCGGGUCACAUCUUGGCCUUGGAGGUGACGGCAGAUGCGCUUGAAGCCUGCGUACGGCUUGCGCCGCGUAGUGUUGCCGCCGCUGACGCCGCGGCGGCAGCAUUAGCGCUAGGGCCGCCGGCCCUUCACGCGCGCUUUGCAGCAGUGCUGCCGGCGGUGGUGACGGCGGAAGAGCAGCGGCGGCCCGGGCUCGGGCGGAGGCUGGCGCUGGCGCGGCUGCUGCCGGCGGCGGACACGUACACCCGCCUGGCAGAGGCGGCGUACGGCAGAAGCGCCGCCGACGUGGGCGGCAGAUUUGUUGCGUCGGACCCGGUGGUUCGCGCUUUCCGGGAGCCGCUGUUCGCGUACCUCACCCGGAAGGCCAGGAAGGUGACGGCUGCCGCCGCCGCCGCCGCCGCGAAUGGCAGUGGCCGGCGACGGAGAAGUCGCGGCGACGGAGGUCUGGCUGCGGCUGUAGCUGAUAGCGGCCUGCCGCGCGACGCCGUGGAGCGGCUGCGGACGUUUGCGGUACCCUUGCUGGCCAGGCUGCUGCAUCUGUCUUAUGGCGUUCCUCUAAGCCUGGACGGCGAUGAUGACGGCGACGACGAGGGUAGCGGCGACAGAGGCGGCGGCGGAGUCAGGGGUAAGGGUGUUGAGGGACGCGGGACCGACCUGACGGGUCGCCCGCCGCUGGCGUCCUCGGCGGAGCAACUCGCUUUGGCGGAGGCGCUCCUACGAGAUGCCGUACUGCAUCGCCGAAAUGGCGGCCGCAGCGACGGCGGCGAGGCCGCCGCCGCUGAGUCAUGGGGAACCACGGAGCUGGCGGCCGUGGCCGCCGUGUUGGGUGCCGCAACGGCGACGCUGGCGGCGCUGUACGGCAAGGGCGUACUCCCGUCGGGGGCCGGCGGAAGCGCCGCGCAGAGGCGCCUCCUGGCCACCGCCUCUGGCUGCCUGGACGGCAGUGUGGGGGACCUCCUGGCGGACCUGCCGGACAGCGCCAGGGAGGGACCUGCCUUCGCCGCGAUAUGCCGUACGGUGCAGCCCCUGGCCACCGCCACUGCCGUACACGCCGCCAGCGAUCGCGCUGCGCUGCGCUGCCUGCGGAGGGUGCUGGCGGCGCUGCUGCCUCAGGCUGCAGCCGGCGGGAACGGCGACGGCGGUGACGCCGCGGCUGCUACAGCCCCGGCGAAGGACACCGACAAGGAUGUGGAAAUGGAGGCAGCUGAUACAGAAACGGACGAUGAGAAUGGGAAGCGGAUGCAAGAAGGUGUAAGCGAGGACGACGUGGACGACGUUGGUGCCGAUGCGAUGUUGUUGCCGUACGGUCUCGUACCUAACGCCGUGGCGGCGGCUGCCGCUGGCGAGAUGUUGGAGUCCUUCAUCACAACCCCGGCGUUGCUGACCAUGUUUGCGCCGCCGGCGACGGCGGCGGCGGCGCCGCCGCCGCCGCCAGCGCUGGCCCGCCUGCCGCUACCUCUCGUGUCGCUGUUGUCAGUGGGCGACGUUGCCGGAGCUGGCGGCCUGACGGCGGUCCCCCGUCAGGAUGCCGCACAGACAGAUACGGACGAGUGCCGUACAGCGGCGGCAGUUGAGGCGCUUCGUACGGAGUUUGCUACCUUGCUUGAAACGCUGCUGGACCUGCGGCUUGCGUAUGACACGUACGACCAACACGGCCGGCAUUGUGGCAAAGCGGGUGCUGGGAAUCGUAGCGACGGCGCCGCCGCCGCUGCUGCUGCUGCUGCUGCUACAGCGGCGGCCUUUGGCCACGGCGCCGCGGAGCGUACGGUUUUGGAGGCGCUGCUACAGCUGCUGCAAUGCGCGUACGGCGCUAGCCUGCGGGAAUCAGACCGUGCUGUUCUUCGGGUCCUGUUGCGCUUGGACGAGCUGCUGCUGCCGCUGCCUGCGGCGGACUCGGCCGAUGGCGACGACGCUGAUGACCCCCGGUGCGCAGAUCUCGUCACUCGGCGCCUCAGCGGCGGCAGCCCCCUCGCCCGCUCAGGAUACGUCUGCGGGACCGCAGCACGCCAGUACUACCAGGCCAGCGCAGCGGCCCAGGCGGCGGCGUACGGCACAGCUGCUGCUGGUGCUGCUGCCGACCGUACGGCUCUGCGGACACGCGCCGUGACGGAGAACCAGCUGAGUGACCCACGGGUCAUAGCACUGGCGUGCGUCUGCUUCCCAGCGGGCCGUACCCUCGCGGCAGAGGAGGACGACCCUUGGGCGAUUCCCAGUGCUGCACCUGCCGCCGCCGCCGCCGAUGAGUUACGACGACCGCGGACCACUAGCUGCAGCGACGGCGGCGACCCCGCAUGGCUGCUGCCGUACACGGUGUGUUGUCUGCGUGACGGCGCCGCCACCGUACAGGAUCUUGCAGGUUGGGGACUGCUGCCGCUGUGCCUGCGUUGCCUGGCGGUUGAGGAUGUGGGGCUGAGGACGUUGUCGUACGAGGCCCUGGCGCUAGCGGCGGCGCAGCUGGACUCGCUGGAGGCUGCUGCUGCUGCUGCGGCGGCGGCGGCGGGGGGGGGGUCCAGAGCGGCUGCGGCGCGCGCUAUUGAGGGCAAGGCGGCGGCGGCGGGGCUGGCGGGCCCGGCGGCGCUGGGUUCCUUCCUCCCGGCGGCGGCCGCCGCCACCGCUGGGGGUGGUGCUGGCAGUACGGCCGGCACCGCCGCCGCCGGCGUAGUGGGCCCUUCCGACCUUCGAGGAGCGCAUCGAGCUGCGGCUGACUUCCGUCAGCGACAGCAGCUGCAGGCCCUCCUGGCCCACGUGCGCAACGCCGUGACGGCCCCUCUCCAGCAGCUGCCGCACCUGAGCGCCCUUUUCGCUGCGGAGGCGGCCGUCGUGCUCAUGCAGCCCCAGGGACCCCUCGACGGGUCCAUCUGCCGCCGCAAGUUCGUGGCGGAGGUCUGCCAGGCGCUGUACGGCUCGCGGGCGGCGGCACUGGACGCCGCCGCCGGCGGCGGAGGCGCUGGCAACAGCAUCGGCGUCGACGGCGAAGCCCCCGGAACAAUAGGCGCUGGCGCUGGCGCUGUCUCUGCCGCUGGUGGCAGCGGCGGUGGCGGCGGCGGUGGUCUGCCUGUGUGUUCGUCCCUGGCGCUGGAUGUGCUGGCGGCGCUGUCCCGACUUCCGGCCCUGGGGCGACAUCUGGUGAUGGUGACGGGCUUCGUGCCCUGGCUGGGGCACCUGGCGGCGUCGGCAGUGCAGGACGCGCAGCGUGGUCGGUACGGUAGCACGGGUGCCGCCGUCGUACGGCAGGUUCGGGUGCCGCACAUGUCGUCGGAGCCGGCGGCGCUGCCGGCGGCGGCGGUGCUAGCCCUGGGAACGUUGCGGGACCUGAUCCGCCGCCGGGUGUGCUUACGGCGGCAUGACGGCGAUGCUGCCGUACACCAGUACGGCCAAGCCGCCGGGACGCUGGCACGGGCGGCGCGAGCGUGCGGCAGCGGCGAGCUGGCGGCCUGGACUUGCAGUAUGCUGGCGGGGCUGGCGGCGGCGCUGCCGCCGUGGCGGACGCAGCCGUUGUGGCGCGCGGCUGCCACGCCGGCGGUGUUGCUACAGCUGUACGGCGUCAUUACCACAAGCGCUGGUGGCGGCGGCGGCGGCGAGGGUGCACUCCCAACCUCCGCUUCAACUCGUCGUUUGCAGAUGUGGUUACAGGCCGUGCUGCGCUCGUCAUUUCCUGUGCCGCCGCCAGCGGCGCCGGCGGCGAUAGCGGCCGCGAUAGCGGUUGUCGGAGCUGUGCCGCACAGCAACUUAGGAAAUGCCGAGGCGCUUACCUUGCCUCUGGGCAGUGGCGCUGUCCAACGCUUGGUAUGUACGGCAAUUACGGCAGCUCUGUCGUUGUCGCGAAGUGCCAGCGCGGCCUCGCACCGUACAUUGGGACGUCGUGAAGAAGGCGAUGGUGGUGGCGGCGGAUUGCCGGGGCGGCAGCCGGCGGCGGUUCAUCCCCCGACCCACACGGGUUCGCAUGGCGGCAUGUGCUGCACCGCCGCCGCCGCCGCCACUGCGCGCGCGUGUCUGUUGUGGCUAGCUUCGUUGGCGGCGGCGGGGCACUGUCUCUGCCCACCCCGUUCCGCAGCCAUCCAACCACUGUCGGAAGCGUUGUACGAGCUCGUCGCGAUAGCGACGUCGCCGAGACUUGACCCGUCAGGUCCAGCUACUGCCGCGGCAGCGACGUCAUCGGCGGCGGCGGCGGCGUUUCGCGUGACGCUUCUGUCGCAUGCUGUCUGUCAGAGGUCGCUGCUGGCGGCGGACUGUAGACCGCCCGUCGGGAGCUGUACGGCAGGUGGUGGCGGCGACGCUGGCGGAAGAGGCGGUCACGGUGGUGCAGGUGAUGACAGUGGCAGCGGCGGCAAAUGGCGGCGGGAGGAGCUGCCGGAGGACCUGUGGCGGUGCGCGGGGGAGCGCCUCCAAGCAGUGCUGGGUCCCAGAACCCCACCCUCCCUCUUCGCCACCACCAUCACACCACCACCGCAACCGCCACAACCACCACGGCAAGGGGUCGAGGGGGCCGACGCCGCGGCGCACGCCUGGUUGCGAGCUGCCCGUGUCGCUCUGGCGGAGGCGGAGGCGGCGGAGGUUGCGGAGGGGCAGGUCCACGGGGCGGCAUGGGACUACGUCGGUUGUGGCGGUUGUGGCGGUUGGGAGGCAGCGGAGGGUGUUCUGCAGGAGCUGUUGUUGGGUCCUGUGGGGUUGGCUACACCGAGGAAAGUGGAGGGGCGGGCGUUCAUCAUUAAAAACUACCUUCCUAUCGCAUUCCUGGUCGCGCUUGGCCUCGCCCUUGCUUGGCCUGUACCUGGCCGUUUCCUUGCAAACGUAUCAAUUCUGGGCAAUGUUAGGAUUUGCCAGGUGGCAGCCAUGGUGUUGGUGUUCCUCAUUACGGGGCUGCAACUUAACACCACGGAGGUGAAGCGCGCCCUGGCGCUCCGGAACUUACCGGUGGUUAUGUACGGCUUCGUAUCCAUCUUAAUUGCCACCCCCUGCCUCGGUUUCGCACUCCGCUCGGCGCCUCUGGAUCCCUGGGAGUUUGCUACGGGCCUAGCCAUCUUCACCGUUGCCCCCACCACCCUGGGUGUGGGUGUGGCCCUCACGGAGGCGUGUGGGGGCAACCGCGCCAUGGCGCUACUGCUCACCGUGGGCACUAACGCGCUGGCGGUGUUCACGAUGCCGCCCGAGCUCAGACUGCUACUGCCGCCGGGACAUGCGGGUAAGGGGAGUACGGCAGGGGGCCCGGCGGAGCUCAAAAUGGACGUGCAGGUGACCGACCUGCUCAUCAAGUUGGCCAUCACGGUGCUGGUGCCGUUCAUUCUUGGAAAGUUUGCACGCGAGGCGUGGCCCGCCGCGGAGAGGUUUGCCAAGACCUACCGCGUGGGCUUGUCCCUGACGUCCACCACCUCCCUGGCAUUCGUGGUGUGGCAAACCCUGUCCGCGGCUCGCGACCUGCUGCUGGCUCAGCGACCGGGCCCCGUGUUUGCAAUGAUGGGUUUGGCCGUGUCCAUGCACCUGUUGUACCUGCUGGGGAACUACCUGGUGGUUUGGUUCGUGUUGCGGGCUCCGCUGCGUGAGGCCAUCGCGGUGGUGAUCAUGGCCUCCCAGAAGAGCGCCCCCGUGGCGGUGACCACCAUCACCUUCAUGACACGGGACGCCGCCCAGCAGGGGCUGCUCUCACUGCCCGCCAUCGUGGGGCAGCUCUGUCAGAUAUUCAUCGGAGCGGCACUGGCCAAGUGGCUGGCGAGAGUGGUGGAACGCAGUGAGAAGGCGGAGGAGGAGGUGGCGCGGGAAGAAGCGGCGGCGGUAGCGGCGGUGGCGGCGGUGGCGGCGGAAGCCGGGGCAUAUGAGCAAAUAAAGCGGCACAUAUAUAUGAUCAAGCGCGCGCUUCGAACAGCACCACUCGAUGACAUAGACUCUUAA